GGCAACGCAUGGCUUCGACCGCAUUUAAGUAUUUGCAGACAAGAUGCGCCUUCGGCUUGGCCAAGGCACCGUGAUGGAUGCGUUGUCGUCUCGCCGAGUCCUCAAAGCGGCCAACUGUCGCUCGUUCACUGCGAAAUCGUGGCUUCCAAGUGCCCUUUCGCAGGAGCUUCCUGGUCAUGAAUGGGCACCUGAGACCGUGACGGCUCAGGGUCUGGGAUGGGUGGACAAGAACACAGCUGCCAUCUCGCCACCCAUCCACGUCAGCAGCACGUUCCAGCGCGACGCCGACAAUCAAUAUCGGUCCGGCCGCAUGUAUGCCCGGGCCGACAAUCCUGCAUUUGACCAACCCGAAUCCGUCAUCAACACACUUGAAGGUGGGGAGGACACGAUCGUGUUCGCUAGUGGCAUGGCUGCUGCCACCGCCGUGUUCCUGGCACUUCAGCCAGGCGACCAUGUGUUGGUGCCGAAGGUCAUGUACUGGAGCUUGCGCAACUGGCUCACGACGUAUGCCGUGUCGUGGGGACUGGAGGUGGAGCUUGUCGACAUGACCAAUUCGGAGGCCAUCGCCACCGCAUUGCGCCCCGGUCAGACGCGAUUGGUGUGGGUGGAGACCCCGUCGAAUCCGCUGUGGACGGUUACCGACAUCGCGGCGAUGGCAGCGUUGGCCCAUGCUGCCGGCGCUCUGCUGGCCGUCGACUCCACCGCGGCCACUCCUGUGCUCACCAAGCCACUGGCUUUCGGCGCCGACAUCGUCAUGCAUUCCGCCACCAAGUACCUGAACGGCCACAGCGAUAUCAUUGCGGGAUCACUCACAACUCGAUCGGUUGACAACGAACACUGGCAGCGUGUGCGCCACGUCCGAUCGAGCGUUGGUGGCACUCUGGGCUCCUUUGAAGCGUGGCUGCUCCUACGAGGCUUGCGUACGCUGCACUUGCGAGUGCGGGCCGCUACAGCAUCUGCCCAGACCAUCGCCGAGCAUUUCAACACCCAUUCCCUCGUCGAAGCAGUGCUUUACCCCGGCCUCCCACACUGCCAAGGACACGAGAUUGCCACCCGACAGAUGCAAGGCGGUUAUGGUGGCAUGCUAUCAAUUCGUGUGAAAGGAGGCGAAGCGGCCGCGGUGGCUGUGGCUGCACACACGACCCUGUGGAAGCGCGCUACGUCUCUGGGAGGCACUGAAAGCCUGAUAGAGCACAGGGCCAGCGUGGAAGGCGUCGAGUCGCCGGCGCCGGUGGAUCUGCUACGACUGUCAGUGGGAAUUGAAGCCGUGGAUGACCUCAUCCACGACCUCGAGACAGCGUUGAAAGUUGCCCAUAACUUGAAUGCUUGAAGUGAUUGCACUCGUUUCGUCGUACA